AUGUUUCAUCAACUCAAGUAUCCUUUAUGGAUUGAAUUUCUCAAAACAAAAGGCGCUAUCGAACGAGCAAUCGAUCUUUUCAUUACUUUUUUGAUAGAAUUGAAUGUUGAUGAGGAACCAUAUGACUACCGUAUCCAUUUAGCAUCAUUUUUGACAGAUCUAGUAUGUGAGAAUAACUAUAUACCCAAUCUUGCAGAGCAAACAAUAAAAAGUUUGUAUGAUAAAUUAAACAAGAUCAUGAAACACUGUCCGCCCGAUUCCGCUGUUACCAUCUUCCGAUGCAUCGUCAGGAUCAACGAUAUCUGGCUCGAUAAAGCCACUUCAGAAGAAAAAACCGCCAGAAUCAAGAGAAUUAUCGACAGCGCGAUAGAACAAGAGAUAAUACGAGGCAUGGCCCUGACAUACGUUCAGAAAUUUGCUGGCAAAAUUAUUCCUUACAGAAAAAUUGUAAAUACACUAACAAAAAGCAAUCCAAGUGAUAUCUACCUUCUACAGACCAUCUACAAGUGCGCAAUAGAUGGAGAUGAGUAUUCCAGGUACUACGCGUUGAAAUUUUUCGCAAGAUAUAUGACAAUUCACAAAUAUCUUAUGAGAACAGCUGCAAAUCUCUUCUUUAGCAUCAUGGAAAGAUUCGAGACCAUUGAAGAAGAAAUAAAAUGGGUUCCUAUCUUUAUUAAUAUGAUAUUUGUUUAUAUUAAACUUGCAACAGACGCUAAUAGGUACAAAGGACGUGUAUUACUACUCUGUUCAAUACUAUCUAGUGAUAUCACUCAAAAAGUUCCUUGGUUGAAAAAUCAAAUUCUUGAUUCAGCCAGUUCUUGUUGUAACAAGUAUCCAACGUGUUCAUUCUUAUCGAAGUUCUUUCCUAUACAUGAUACAUCAUCUCCUGGCUUCGAAAAAGCUCUAAAUAAACUAACAAAUCUGAAAUUUUCCCUGAAAUUCAUUCCUUUCCGUCCAAACUCCCUUUUAUUCAUCGAAGGAUUGAACAUGCACAAGCCCAAGCUCAAAAUAUCAGAGCAGGAGAUCAAAAGUAUCACAGGUGAAGAAUCAUCUUUUGAAUUACGACCACAAUCAAUGAAAUUCGUCAGUAUUGAUUACGGACUGACGAAACAAGACCAGAAACACAAUAUAGAAGACUUAGAAGAGUUCAUUUCGCAAACGCAAGACCAAUUUAAACAAAUCAGAGACACGAUGAUGUCAAAACAUUAUCCAGAUCAUAAUAAUUUCCAUCCGAGUUUGAGAUCAAAAAUUAUGUCAGUUAAUAUUGUUUUGAAAGAAAAUGCCAAAAAAAUUUAUCAUUACCAGAAAUAUGUGAUUGAUGAAUUCAUUGAUAUUGCAAGUGAGAUUAUUGAUGUUUCUUCGAAGCACAGGUAUUUAGUUGCCAACAUCAAAUCGAUGACGAAAAUCAUGCAAUCUUUGUUACUUAAUUCUAAUGAAUAUUUGACUUUGAAAAGAGAAAAAAAUAUAAUUAGCAGAUACGCCAUAAAUUUAUCUUCUCAAUCCAAAAAAUAUAUAAUGGAAAAUCCGCAAACAUCUGUAUAUAACUCAUUCCAAACAGGACAACGUUCUGCUAACAUAAAAAUACAUUAUUUGGCACCAGGAGCUUUGGAUGAAAAUAUUUCUGAAUAUGUCAGAAAAAUUUGUUUAGAAAAUGGUCAAAAUUUGUCAGAUUUUGUCAAAACACAAAACGUGACAUCAUUAGUUUCUGACACAUAUGCAUUAUCAUUUGUUAUUAUUGAAGAUGUUAAUUUAGAUAGAAAUUCUGAUUUGACAGUUCCGAUUAUUGUAAAUUCAUUAUUUAGAUACGCAUUUGAUAAUGCUUAUAAUGAUGAAUCUAUUCUUAAUCGGUAUAAAGAAGAGGAUGGAAGGUUUUUGUCGAUUUGUCCAAAAAUUUUGAGUAUUGAUAUAAAUAACCUUAAAAUUCGACCAGAAAUCAUCAGAAAAAUUUCGGUUUUUAAGACAGUGAAAGGAUUAUUGGCAUCAUGUCAUCAUUCUUUGUUCCACACGAUGAGUUAUUCUAAUCCUGUUGAUAUUUCUUUCGAAUUGUACAAAGCAAUCUGUCAAUUACCGAAUCUGGCGAAUAAUCCAACAUUGACUAACGAAGAAUCAUCAUGGUUCUUGUUGUUUUUGAUUUGUAAUGAUCCUCCGCCAAAUGUUUUCUCUAUUUCCAAGUUUUUGAAGAAAUUCGAACAAACUGUUACUUCUUUGGAACUUAUUGUAUCAAUGAAUAUCUUUCAUAGAAGUAUUUCUCUAGCUUUUGAGAAUUUUAUAUAA